AUGAUCACUCGCAGCUUAGCCUUCCUUUCCUCGCUUGCCAUUGCCGCCGCCAACGACGACGUUUUCCACCACUUGGGCACUCCAUCCUUCACGGGAGCUCAGGCCCUGGAGUUCCUCGAGGAUUUCAACUCCUUCCAGGAAACCGCCGGCUUGUACGAGGCCAUGGGCGCCUACACGCAGCAGAUCUUCGAGGCCGAGGCCCAGAGCGUGUGGGAAGAGUACUUGUGGGAGACCUACUGGUACGGAUAUGAGAGCAUUCGUCAGAAGUACCCUGACGUUGCACCUGUGACGCCCACGGACCAGACCUUCCCUACUGAGUUGGUGGACUUUGACUCGGACGAGAUGGAGGAGAUUGAGCAGAUUUUCCACUCGGAGCUCUUCUCCAGCUUCAACCAGGAGCACCUGAUUCGUCGUGAGAGUGUCAGAGCUGCUGUAGCCGAGGCCAAUGUUCCAGUGGAGACCGGUGAGCCUCAGGAGACUGGCGAGCCAGAAGAGACUGCAGUUGAAACAGGAGUGGAGACCGGUGCUGCUAACGAAACCGCUACGGGAACCGUCCAGACCUCUCCUACUGGAACUGCCAUCGACACCGACACCGAGGAGACUGAAACCACGGAUGAAACCACCACCGAGGAAACUGAAACGACCGAUGAAACAACCGCUGAAACAACAGACGACACCACCACCACGGGCCCCACGGCUGCUGGAAACACCACCACUGCUGAUAAUGCGGGAGCCCGUCCAGGCUACUACGCCGCUGGCGGUCUUGCUGGUGCCGUGGCGCUUGCCUUGUUCUGA